AGCUGCCGUAGGCAGUGGGUCGAAAGUGCCGGUCAAAAUGGAAGUGAAUCCCCCCAAACAGGAGCACCUGCUGGCCCUGAAAGUGAUGAGACUAACUAAACCUACUUUAUUCACCAAUAUUCCAGUAACAUGUGAAGAAAAGGACUUACCUGGAGAUCUCUUUAACCAACUCAUGAGAGAUGACCCUUCAACUGUAAAUGGUGCAGAAAUUUUAAUGUUGGGAGAAAUGUUGACUUUACCACAGAAUUUUGGGAAUAUAUUUUUGGGAGAGACCUUUUCCAGUUAUAUCAGCGUUCAUAAUGAUAGCAAUCAAGUUGUAAAAGAUAUAUUAGUAAAAGCUGAUCUUCAGACAAGUUCUCAGCGUUUAAACCUUUCAGCCUCCAAUGCUGCCGUGGCUGAACUUAAACCUGAUUGUUGUAUUGAUGAUGUCAUACACCAUGAAGUAAAGGAAAUUGGAACACACAUCCUGGUGUGUGCAGUGAGCUAUACAACUCAGGGUGGAGAAAAAAUGUAUUUUAGAAAAUUCUUCAAAUUUCAGGUUCUUAAACCAUUGGAUGUGAAAACCAAAUUUUAUAAUGCAGAGAGUGACCUCAGUUCUGUGACUGAUGAAGUAUUUCUCGAAGCCCAGAUUCAGAAUAUUACAACCUCACCCAUGUUUAUGGAGAAAGUUUCACUGGAGCCAUCCAUAAUGUACAAUGUAGCAGAAUUAAAUUCAGUCAGCCAAGCUGGAGAAUGUGUAACUACAUUUGGGUCAAGAGCAUAUCUGCAGCCAAUGGAUACACGCCAGUAUUUGUACUGCCUAAAACCCAAGAAGGAGUUUGCAGAAAAAGCAGGCAUCAUUAAAGGAGUAACAGUAAUUGGAAAAUUGGAUAUAGUGUGGAAAACAAAUCUAGGUGAAAGGGGAAGAUUACAGACCAGCCAACUUCAACGAAUGGCUCCAGGUUAUGGAGAUGUUAGGUUGUCUUUGGAGGCAAUCCCAGAUACCGUAAACCUAGAAGAACCUUUUCAUAUUACCUGUAAAAUAACAAACUGCAGCAGUGAACGGACUAUGGAUCUGGUUUUGGAAAUGUGCAAUACCAAUUCUAUCCACUGGUGUGGCAUUUCAGGAAGACAGCUUGGAAAGCUACAUCCAAGUUCCUCGCUCUGCCUUGCCCUUACUCUCCUGUCUUCAGUACAGGGACUGCAGAGUGUCUCCGGCUUAAGACUAACUGACACGUUCUUAAAGAGAACAUACGAAUAUGAUGACAUCGCACAGGUCUGUGUGGUAUCUUCGGCCAUCAAAGUGGAGAGCUGAAGAAAAUUUCCAGUGUUCUGCUUUUCAUUGAUUUUAACAGAACUUUCUGGAUUUCUGUCACCUUUGUGAAAUGAUCAAGUCUACAACAAAAAUAUCUAUUAUUUAAAUUUCUUUCCUGCAAAAGUUAAAAUAUUAAAUACUUGUUUUGAAAAGAACCAUCUACUGAUUUUAUCUUAUGAGCUGUAUUCUAAAAGAACAUUUGUACAUUUUCUUUACACAUCCUAUUUCAUUUCUUUUCUAGAUAACUGUUGGACUUUGUUCUCCAAAAGCUCUGUAUUUGAGGCCAUUUGCCUGUAGCAAGUAUCAGGAAAGGGGGUCAGCAAACAUUUUGUGUAAAGGGCCAGAUACUAAAUAUUUGUCUUUUCAGGGAAUGUGGUUUCUAUUCAAAAUAUUCAGCUCUGGGAGAACAGCCAGUAGGUAAAAAGAGCAGAGCAGUAUUUACAAAAACAGGCAGCUGGCCAGAUUUGGCCAUCAGGCUGUAGUUUGCUGACCUUGAUCUAGAAGAUAGAAUUGUUUCUUAAAACUUUAGAUUCUUAAAAUACUUUAUUAAAAACUUUUCAAUUAGUCCAUUUUUUCACUAACUCCUCAGUCAGCAGAAAAAGUUGAAAACAACUAGAAUAAAAAUAAUAAUAAUAAAUAAAACAACUAGAGUAGUCCUCAUGUAUAACCUUAUAUUGUUUUCAAAGUUACUAUAUUUGUAUGAAUCUGUGUUUGUAUGUAUAUAUAAACACAUACAAAUUUCAGUUACUAACAGCAGAUCAGAAUUGGUUUCGUUUCUUGGAUUGUUGACUACUCUGUUAACUUGUAACUAAGAAACCUGGUUAUUUUCUAAUUCAAAGCCAAAAAUUCCUGGUUUUUUUUUUCAUAUUGAAAAACAAGCGACUUAUUUUCAUAAGAUAUAUUUAAAGGAUUUCUACCUUCUGAUACUUGAUUUUGAACCCUAAAUCAUGCAUUACUGCUACAAAAUUGUCUAUCUCUAUAUGUAAUCACACUCAUUUACUUAUGUCAGGAACAAAACAGUGAGAAAGUUAAUACUGUCAACAAUUUUGAGAAGCUCCUGGGUGGCUCAGUUGGUUAGGCAUCCAACUUCAGCUCAGGUCAUGAUCUCAUGGCGUGUGAGUUUGAGCC